AUGAAUCGCUCCUUCGCUGUCAAUCGCAAUCUCUUUUAUCAAUCCUCAGUUUCGUCGAUAUUCGGCAUGCAACUUCGGUAUCAGGAUAGCUUUUUCGCAAAAGUCGGACGUAAGAUUGUCCAGCUGCAGACCGCAGCAGAAUCUAUUCGCUUCUCAUUUAGACAUGCUCAAGGCUCAAGACCUAAAGCUUCCGUACGCGCAAUACCAAGCUCAACAACGAUUGUGUGUAUUGCGUAA